AUGACUUUAUAGUAAGCUUAACCUCUCUUAGCAGAAUUUGAAACUUUAAUAGCUUCUAACAGCAAUGCUCCUAGAGUAGGCUAAUUAAUAUCUUAGUUAAAGCGUAUUAUAUUCCUCCUACCCAGUAAUGAUCCUCUCACUAAAACAAAAAAUGAAUAAGAGUUGAUUGCAUCCAGACGUUUCCACGAAUUGUGCAUUUUACAUAGCAUUUAAUCCAAAAACAUUCAAAGCUUUGAGUCAGCAAUUAAUUACUUAAGAGCUUAUUACGAAAAUUAUCCUUAAUUGCCAGCUUCUCAAGAUAGAAAUUAAAUUAUUGCAUUGAAUUUGUUAUAUCUUCUUUCUUUCAAUAAAAACACUGAAUACCAUUCAGCUUUGGAGUUAGUUCCAGUUGAAGACUUGCACAAUAAUUAAUUUAUUCAAUUCGUUACUGAAUUAGAAAAGUAGUUGGCUAUUGGUAACUACUCUGAAGCUCUCCUUUCUAAAAACAAGUCUCCUCUUGCUCACUUCGAUAUAUUCUUGGAUAGAAUCUUCGAAACUAUUAGAUUUGAAACUGCUAGAAGUGCUGAAAAAGCCUAUGAAAGUUUAUCAAUAAAUGAUGCAAUUAAAUUAUUUAACCUUCAAAAUGCCGAUUAACUUAAAAGCUUUUCAGCUGAACAAUCAAAAUAAGGAGAAGAACAAGGAUUUUCUUGGGUUUUCGAAAAUAAUAGAUUAGUCUUCCGUCAUAAAGAUUCUGAUAAAAAAGCAUUAUUCAACUCUGAAUUUCUUAUUUCAACAGCACUAAGUUAUGCUCAUGAAAUUGAAAAGAUUGUUUGA